UGUUAUACGAUUUCCAGACACUGAACCCCAUACCUAAGAAUACUCGUGCACUUUAGAAGAAAAAAAAAUAUCGCUUCUUAUAUUCAAAUAAGUGACACAUUUCAAGAAGGCAGAAAAAUAGAUAAAUAAAUAAACGUUACAUUGGUCUAGGCCAUUCAAGAGGACCAAGCUGAUGCUGCUGGUGGAUGUAAACAACUUUCCUCUCAAUGAAUAGGCAUCGAACAGUCAUUUUCAUCCUUCUGGUGCUAAACUUGUAUUACCUGUACAAGUCUGAUGUACUGGAGAUGUUCGGGGAGACACAUGCCUUGUGCACGCCCGCUAUCCUCUUCACCUCGAGCAGCAACGGGCGCCUCGGCAACAACAUGGGGGAGUACGCCACUCUCUGGGGCCUCGGCAGGACGUUCAACGUGAGCGUCCUCCUCCACCCCGUCAUGGAACGAAGACUCAGAAGGAUCUUCCCGGGGCUGUCGAUGGAGCGGUUGCCAGCAAGCUGUGCGAGCGGCUGGACCAAGCUUGACAAAACGUAUAAAUUUCCGAAAAAUCAGGAUCUGUUUGACUCAGCUGCAGCAGGACUUCUCGGACCAGGGAAAUUCAUGCUAGGAGAUAAUCCGGUGAAAGUUCAUCUGUUCCACCCAUUUCGUGAGGACCUUCUACGGGAAUUAACGUUUUCUCCGGGUCUCAGGAAACAGGCGCGUGAUAUCCUGACGAAGGUGAAGAGCAAAGUGAAGAAUCAACCUCCAGAAAUCACGUUUGUGGGAGUUCACAUUCGUCGAACCGACUACAUCAAUUACAUUAAGAAAUACAACACAACCAUUCCCGGCAAAGACUACUAUACGUCAGAGCAAUGGAAUAUUACCGCAAAAAUACAGUCACCCCGUCUUCAUCAUGGGUGUCAGAUGAUCCUCAGUACUGCAAGAAGACAUUUAAACCCUUCAAAGACGUCACUGUAAUACAAGGAAACCGAGAACUGGACAUGGCAACGCUAGCAUCUUGCAACCACUCCAUCAUCUCCGUGGGCAGCUUCUCCUUCUGGUGUGGGUACCUAUCUGGAGGAGAGGUCGUCUAUCC